AUGGCCGAGAAGUACCACAGACAGUACGACGAGUACAAGGCGCUCGGCGGGGACGUGUCGCAGGGCAACCUGAGCACCGAGCUACUGGCGGAUGCCGUGGCCUACGAGGCCAUCACGACCUACGCCGAGCGCCAGAGCGAGCCGGGCAACCAGGACGCGGUGGUCGCCGAGAUUGUCAACGGCAUCACUGAGCGCGUACGUCCAGCCAGUCCUGGGCCCGCUGACCCCGCCCAGGAGUUCAUCGCCAACCAGAUCGACUGGCUCGACCGCAAGCAGGUCGCGGCGCAGGCGAUCAAGGACACGAACGAGGCGAUCAGCAAGGCAAAGUAA